AUGGAACCUGAUCAAGAUAUUUCAGAAAUAGUAAAAGAACAGAUGACAAAAAUCAAAGAACUAUUCUUACCGUAUAACAUUCCUGUUAGAUAUAGUGGUGUGAUUCCAGACAAUGAUUCAAAGACAAAUUCAAACGAAUAUGAAUGGGGUCCUGACCCAUUAUCCGAUGCAUCAAGUGAAGAGAAUAAUGAGGAAAAAACUACUAUUACAAGGGCGGGCGCAGGGGGCGGUGGCGCGGGGGCGGCGCGGCUGGCGGUGGGCGGCGCGCUGGCUGGGCGCGGGCGGGUUGGCGGCGGCGCGCGGGCUGCUGGCGGCGCGCGGGCUGCGGGUGCUGCACCGGCGGCGCGGCGGAGGCCGGGCGGGGGGCCGCCUGGAAGCGCACCGGCUGGGCUGCGCGUUUUUAGAUAA